AUGACGGCAGAACUGGCUCUGGUUCUGGGGCUCCUGGUGAGUUCCAGCUGUGAAGUCAGGGGGCGCGACCCUGACCUUGAGGAUAAUGCGCAGAAGGAAGGAGUAAGAAUGAGGGGACCCCUGCUGGGGGCCACAGCGGCGCCACCUCCUGCAGCUCGGGGACGCUUCAGGAGCAGGAGCUGGUGUGGACCGUCCACUGGAGGCGUGCUGACCGCCACCUCACAGUGCAGGACUGAGGGCUGCACCAUCCGGUCUGCGUGUCCUGGACGGCAGCUCAUCCUGAGCGCCGUCUCUCACUGUCCGCUCCACAAGCAGCAGCAGCUGAUCUUCUGGUGGUGUUGCUGCAGUGGGAACGGUGAGCAGCAUCCUGGCGCGGCAGAUGCUCUGGAGUGGCCCCUGACGGGACCCUCAGCCACCUCUGUUGGCAGUCAGCCAAAUGCGGCUCUCGGCCGCGCGCAGAAUGACCAGCAGCACGGCCACGCCCCCCCGGCCCUCCAGCCAGGCCACUACGGCCAGGUCAGCUCCAGGAGCGGCGCCGGUCCAGAGGCGGCCCAGCUCCAGCGUCCAGCCGAGGAGCCGCAGGCCACGGAGGAGCCGGGUCCCGGCGCGCAGCCGCGCAGCUCCCCGCGCCGCUACGACAGCUUCCUGGCUCCUCUCCCAGUCCCCCACAUGAUGGCGCUGCUCAUGUCCCAGCUGCAGCCUCUGAUGGAAGGGUUCAACAUGUCGCUGCAGCAGCUCAGCCGGCAGGUGGCAGUGCUGAGCCACGAGGUGGCACAGCUGAAGCGCCAGGGUGGCGUCCAGGCUGCGCAGCUGGAGAGGAGCGAGGCGCAGUCGGACCCGGCGUCGCUGCUGCUGGGCAACCUGAGCAGCUUCCAGAGGGACAUGGACCGUCAGCUCCAGCGGCAGCAGGAGGAGAUGGACGCCGUCAACGCCACGCUGGCCCAGGCCCACAGCCAGCUGAGGGAGCAGGUGCGGGCUCUGGCGGGGGGCGUGGACUCUCUGGACGGACAGUGCCGGCAGCUCCGGCGCGACGCGCUCGCUCUCAACGAGCGCAUCAACCAGACCGCUCGGAGCAGCCAGGUCCAGUUCAUGGAGACGGGGCUGGAGGUGGAGGCCGCCCGGGAGGUGGUCCUGCGCAGGGUGACGGAGCUGGCGGGAAACCUCAGCCUGCGGGAGCAGCGGCUGCAGGAGGCGGAGGCGGACUUGGACUACCUCUUCAGCAGCUUGUCUCGCCUGGAGAUGGGCGUGGCCAACCUCACCGAGCAGGUCAGCCAAAACAGACUGGCUCUGGAUGAGGGGGAGGACAGGAGCUCGUGGCCGGGAGACCGAACCGACGAGUGGGAGCCAGCGGUGGAGGCGCUGCAGCGCAGCCUCCAGCAGGUGGCGUCUGUGUGCACCGCUGCGUCAGCGUGGCGGGCGCUCAUCUCACGGCGCCGCUUCUUCCAGGUGAAAGUGUCCGUGGUGUCGGAGCAGGCCAAGAGCAGGCGCGCGGAAGUGGGCCUGGCACGCCUCGGCGACUCGCUGGCUGGGCUGCUGCUGGAGGCCGUGGAGCAGAAGGAGCAGCAGCAGCAGCAGAAGGAGGCGCUGACUCGGCUGUCAGGCUCUUUCAAGUCCCUCCUGCAGGACGGGAUCCGCCACAAUGACGUGCUGGAGCUGCUGCUGGGGCAGGAGGUGCUGGAAUUCCUGGAGUGGCCCGUUCCGGAGCAGGAGGCCCACUCCAUCCCGGCCGUGAAGGAGCAGCUGCACCUCUUGCAGGAGCGGCUCGGCCGCAGCGGCACAGGAGGCUCCAGCGGGUGGCCCCGGGGCCGGAGGCGAGCUGCGCUGCUCCCGGGGCCCGAGGGGGCCCGCGGCGCCGGAGCAGACCUGCGGAGGCUGGAGCAGCAGGUGGAGCUGCUGGGAGAGAAGCUGCGUCUGCUGGAGGCACAGAGAAGCAGCUGCUGUGGACCUCGGGAGGAGGAUGGUCAGGACGGCAGACUCGGGCACUCCGCUGGACCUCCUGGGACUCUGGAGGCUGGAGAGCAAUCGGGAGGAGGGCUGACAGACAGGUCACAUGACUCCCUGAGACUCAGCGCGAGAGCAGCCGACAGACACACACCUUAGUUAGGAGCAGCAUCUCCAGGCUGCUGAGCUCACCACAGCUUUAUUCAGCUGCGCGCGCACGCGCACACACACACGCACGCACACACACACACCAUGGAGGAGGUGCUGCCGCAGGAGGAGCCACUUCUGCCAAACCGUCCAGCUUUGUUCCUCCAGGCUUCUUCACCUGCGUGUGUCAGAGAUUGUGACGUGACAGAUCCACGAAUAAAAAGAGUUGCAGGUC